ACAAGUCGAAGUCAUAGUCACUGCCUUCCCACACAUUCCUAGCUCCGCGCCGAGUGUAGUGUGUACAUUUUCAACCGGGGCAGCCAUAUUUGAGCCACGGAGUGUGAGCUCCACCGUGAUAUGUCUUCAUUUUCUGUCAGAAAUAUUCUGAAUCUAAAAGAACCACGAAUGCAAGCCAACAAUUCCUCCAACGCAUUGAACCUUAGUGUUUACCAAACGGAUAAUGUCAGCUUUGAGCCACGGUCCAAGGCAGACAUGGGGCUACAUUUAGUUCAGAAAUCCCAGGAUUCCACUUCUCAGGCUCAUCCUGAACGUCUCAAAGACAGAUCAGGAGAACUCAUGAAUUCACCAGGAGAAAAGGAUGACAGCCAAGAAGUGCCAAAGAAGCGCAAGCGACGAAUUCUCUUCACUAAAGCACAAAUUUACGAGCUUGAAAGGCGGUUUCGUUAUCAACGAUACCUCUCUGCUCCAGAGCGCGAGCAGCUUGGMCGAAUGAUCAACCUCACUCCYACUCAAGUUAAAAUCUGGUUUCAAAACCAUCGCUACAAGCACAAAAAGCUUGCUACUGAGUGUGGAGAGUACAAAGAGCCAAGUCGGUCCAUCUUUCCCAGGACUGUACCCGUUCCUGUGUUGAUACGCGAUGGUCAACCUUUCCAUGGUGAGUACAACAGUAGCCAGACGUUCUACAACCAAUGCAGCUCAGCAACGCCAAGCUACGGAGACUACAAUGGAUACACGAACAACAUGGGAUAUGCCAAUACACUUCAGCCGAAUCAGAACACCAAUGCUUAUCCGCAUUUAUCAACAAGUUCGUCCUGCAUGCAGGCUUAUUCUCCUUAUUGUAAGACAUGGUAAGACAAUCAUGGAGAACUGUAUAUAUACAACAAUAACUACACUCACACAUCUCUUGGAGAACUACUCUUGCUUUCUAAUCGAUUCUUGAACGAUAUUUGAUGUAGGAGAACAAAGGCGAUAGAGACAACGAAUAGGCAAUAAAGAUGCUCUGAGCUGUCGAGGUAGAUAUCAAAGACAUUAACAGCGUGCCUUGUAGUGGUAGGCGGGGUAGUUUUGAAAGGGAACCCUAGUGAAUUUCUUUUAUUUCUAUUAAGAUCCAAGCGAAAGAGAUACCCUCUUUUGCGGUUGUGACUAUUUCAUUUGAUCUGUCUUUAGAGCCGGUACAUUCAACCACUUUUUUCUGUCACUUCAGCUGCAUUUUCUUAACAUUACAAUUAAGAUGACAAACUUUAACAUAAGAUUUUUUUUAGUUCCAAUUCUCAAUACAAACUUCUCGACUUCUCUAUUGRUAUAAUAAUAGAGCUUUUGACUUUGGCUUGUAGGUCGUGUUUUAAUUUUCCUGUACUUAUCUCUCGAAGGAUACAUAUGCACGCGAACCCUAUUAAGGRAAAAAAUCAUGUAAUCGUAUUGAAUGUGUAAGUUUUAAGCCUUACGAGAUUCCUAACGUAAGAGCACCCAAUCAUCUCAAGCACUAUUAGGCAACUUGCAAAGAAACAGUUCUUUUUUAAGAUCUCGUGUUCAGAAAAAAUGUGCAUGAAGCAUAUUUCUUUUAAAUUUGGAUAUUUCCCUUUUAAAAGUUUUAUGAAGGGAAUAGAAGAUGUCGGGAGGAUGUCAGAUCAGAGACUUUCGGAUGACCAAAAGAAUUGUAUUGGCUUUACCUCUGCAAGCAAAAGUCAGUGAAAAUUUUGACCACGUUUAUCGCUGAAAACGAAAAUGCAUUAAAUUUUGAAGUUAAAUCCAAAUGGCUCAUUUCUUUAUGAUUAAUUCUGUUCAACCAGAAAAUAACCUACAACUUUCCUUAUUCAACACAAAACUUGUCUUAACAUGGUUUAGUCAAAAACAUUGAAUUGUCUCCGGUUGGGAAAAAAACUAUCAAAGAAAAAAAGGUAAAAAACAUCAACAAAGAUAACUCGUGACCCAAACAAGUGAAGUCAAAACUCCGUAAUUAUCAGAGGUAUCAGCUUUUUCUUUCUAUAAAAAAACCCAACCACUUCCCGCCUUUAUAGGCAGUUUUUACCGCAAAUGCAACCACCAAGCCACUAUCAGUAAGAUUACUAUAUUCCAUUCAGGUUGACCUGUGUGUUGUCUUUUURAGAUUUACUAUCCUGUCAUGUCCAAGUCUCAGUUAUUUUGGUUUUCAGUGAUAUUCUUUAUAAAACUGAUGAAUUAUUUAGCUUUUGCUGUUUAUUCUUUUAGGUUUUGAAAACCAAGUUUCUCAAAAUGAUACCUGCAUGUUUGAUGAGACUUACAGAACUGUUGCAUAUCAAUACAUCCUAUAACAACAACAACAACAAAAUUUCCCUUCAAGUUAGAUAUAUUUUUACGAUUGACCACAUCCGACAGCAAAUUUUUCAUUGAUCUUCUAAAUGGGUUUUUUUUGGUCCAUUCAAAAAAGAGAAAAAGUUUUUCCUGGUUCUUGGAUUCUGAAACAAUGAGAAACAAUGAUACAUGCACAGUGUCAUCCACUUAGUUUAUGUAAUGAUAAUUUUUCUAUGACACCUAAAAGUGUUUUCCAUCAGUUUUACUGACUGCUUUGGUUUGGAAAACAGUUUUAGUUGUUAGAUUUCCUCAGGAUUUUGUCUCCUGUUUAAAUCGAGCCUUUGAACUUAAAAAGAAACAUAAAGCUACAGCAGCACUACUUCAAGUAUGAGCAAUAUCACCUCCAAUGAAACAAGAGUAGGAAAAGAUAGAAUUAUUCUAAUUAUCGAAGUUUUUAGAAUGGAAAAAGGGUUGUAGAGUCAUAGAAAUACGUUUAAUUAGUUUACGAAAGAUGAUGGUUCUUGUAGUGUAAGGUAGUGUAGUGAGCCAGAGAAAAUUUGGUAGGUGAAUUAGUAAACAAAAAGCGAUGCUAAACUACAACCCUAAAUUCUUUUGUUUCAAUUAAUAUAUACAUUGGUUUAAAAUAUUUAUUGUAGAUGGUUUCUUUCUUGUGUAAUAUAUCUUUAAAGUUUCUCUUAACCAAGGUUUUGGUUAUCGUUCAUGAUUAGUGUAUCAUAGGUUCCAUAUACUCGUUUCGUGUACUGUCCAUAACAAUUAACAUAGCAUAGCCAUGAAUGUAUGUUCGUGAACGCUUACUACUGAAAAUCAAUCAAUUUUGAAAGCUAGAAAAAUAGGUCAUGUUCUAAAUAAAUUAUUAAGGGAAUGUCAUGUUUUUCAAUCAAGAAAUGAUGUUGAUUUUGAUCUGACUAUGGUAAAUAAUUCAAUUGUCAAGUUCCUACUGGUAUUUCCUGUGGCCUAACAAAACCCCCGAAAUAAAAUUGCUUGUAAAACCAAAGUGUUGUAAAUAAAUAUCGUCUCAGUGAAUAAGA